CUCAUAGCCAUUUUUGGCUCGACGUUUCCGGCGUGUCAGAUGGGCAUUGCCCAGUUCAUGCGCCCGCUCGGCCAUGGCAGAGGCAGAGCCUGAUGCCGCCGUCCAGGAGGAGGUUGCGGAUGGCGAGGACCAGGACGACAACGAGGUGAACGACGCCUCGGGCGGAAAGAAGUCGAAGCACAAGAAGAAGAGGCAAGCCGCUGCAAAGGCGGCAGCUGAAGCAGCCGAAGCCCGCGCAGCGGAGGCAGCAGCUGCCGCGAUGCAGAGCGUAGGCCUUGCCUCGAAGUACGUCCCCUCGGCGGGGGGGACCGACGAGGAGUUCGACGCCUGGCUGGAGGAGGUCAAGCGCGCGAGGGCCCCGGCCAUCGCCCUCAACGAGGAGCAGGCCGCCCGGCUGCCGAAGAAGUUCCUCGGCUACGGCUUCUCGGGGACCCUGAGGCCCCACUUCGUGCACGUGAGGGCGCCCCCGCCGCCGGACGUGGACCCGCCGGACUACGCGCUCCACGAGCAGGGCGUCUCCAUAUCCGAGAAGCAGAAGGACAAAGACCCAAAGAACAUCCCGGAGCUCAGCGGCGAGGACCUGGAGACCAUGAGGGAGUCAUGCCGAUUAGGGCGCGAGAUACUCGACUUGGCGGCCCGGGCGCUGAAGCCUGGCGUCACGGGGGACUUCCUCGACCGGGUCGUCUACCACGCGUGCUGCGAGAGGCAGAUCUACCCGUCGCCGCUGAACUACUACAACUUCCCCAAGUCAGUGUGCGUGUCUCCGAACGAGGUCAUCUGCCACGGCAUACCCGACAUGCGGCCGAUCGAGGACGGCGACAUCGUGAACCUGGACGUGUCCAUUUACCACAAGGGCUUCCACUCCGACCUGAACGAGACCUUCCUCGUGGGCGACGUCCCGGAGGGCCGCCGCAAGACCGUCCACGCGGCCUACGACUGCCUGCACGCCGCGUCGCAGAUGAUCAAGCCCGGGGUCAUGUACCGUGACGUCGGCACCGUGAUCUCGGCCACCGCUGCCAAGCACGGCUGCAGCGUGGUCAACGCCUACACGGGCCACGGCGUCGGCAAGCUGUUCCACGGGCCGCCCAACAUACCGCACUACAAGAAGAACAAGGCGAUGGGGAUCAUGAAGCCCGGGCACGUGUUCACCAUCGAGCCCAUGAUCAACCUGGGCCCCGACGGGGGCGACAGGCUGUGGCCGGACAAGUGGACGGCCGUCACCUGCAACGGCAAGCCCUCGGCGCAGUUCGAGCACACGUUCCUGGUCACGGAGACCGGCUUCGAGGCCCGCGGGCGGUCUUGACGGCGCGCAAGGGGGCCCCGACUGACGCGAUGCCCCCGUAUGAUCCCAACCAGUUCCAGAGGUGACGGCUACGGCUCGGACUCCCACCAAAAUGCCUCUCCGAUCCUUUUUGUUCAGCCCCACAUUUUCAUGUGUUGCUGGCGGCCUGGAUCAUCACGAUGGCAUCGGCCAUCAUGGUGGCGUAGGUCCUGACUCCAC